ACACAGUUCAGAGAGUGAACUUCAGUGGCCAACUAGGUCGCGUCAAGCUCUUUUUCCAUGGCGCGACCUCUGACCUCGUUGACCUCUCUGAUGACGUGGAGGUGCGUUCGGCUGUGUUAUCUCUCGUUGGGCGGAAGUGCCAAGUCCAGUCCGAAGGGAAGACAAACGAAAUCCACUUUGCGACCGGCUUCGAGGAGGGAGAACGAUUGCCUUUGGGCAUGGCGGCCAGGGUGGUCAACAUGCUCGAUGCCUUUUGCGGCAGGUUUUCGGCGCAAGUGACAGGGAAGUAUUUAUACUCAAGCAGGAAACGGCAGACUAAGGUUGAUUUACUCAAGACGCCAUAUAUGUGCUUCGCUCUUCGUGGGAAUGCAAAGAACUUUCUCAGAAUCAAAGUUAACUAUCAGGACACUUACAACAGAAGCAAAAACAUCGGUCUUACUCUGGAGCACAAUGCCCACUUCACUCGAGACAAGUGGAGCUACCAGUGCUUGAACCUCCGAGAAAUGGCUAUGAAUUCCCGAUUAAAGAGAUUUAUCAAGAGGGGUUCAUGGGUCCAGUUGUUUGAGGUGGAAGUUCCUGAACGAGAGGCUGUUCAUGACACCCUUUACGUAGAUGAGGUCGCUUUUGUUAGUGAGCCUUUGUAUGUCGAGGUCGAGCGUCCCUCCGUCCUCGAGAGCCUGGGCAUUCUCGUUUCCGAAGUGCGAGUAACACGCGACAAGGGAAACAGACGCACGUUUAACCUUACUCUCGAAUCGGCGAACUCCGCUGGGAAAUACCCUCUCCUGGGUGUAGUUUCGGAUUCCUUAAACGCCACAUGGAUGGAGGAACUUCGCACAGCCAGCAGCGCCUCCUUCAGUAUCGAUGGCGGAGAAGCAAAGGUGGAAAGAAUUCAGGAGGUCAGCCAAGACGUGGCAGGGUCAUGGAACCUGACCAUUGGAGGCACCACGAUUAAAGGACUGUCUCCGUUUGUGGGCGCCUCCGAGUUGCAGAAUAUCAUCGAAAGGUCUUUGGGCGUCGCGGGCGUGCAAGUACGGUCGGGAGACCGUAGUGGAGAGAGGAAGUGGCACUUGGAGUGGGUAGGAGUGCCCGGUCGUCAGGAGCUUAUAGUGCCUAAUGCCUCGAAUCUCUUAGUGGGAGGAGAAGUGGUAAAGAUAAGUGCAAAGCGAGAUGAAGCUGGCUCGAUCAGGCACAGCCCCGUGUCCUCUCAGUUCUUCAGCGUUCGGAGGACUCAGCCCCACGUGUCGUUAAUAGUACGAGGGUACCGAGCAGUGUGCCUUGGUAACUGCUCCUUCACUUACACCGAUAUUUCCAUGCCACGACUCGCCUCUCUCACCGCCACACGAGGUAAGCGGAAAACCGUAAAUGCGCGAAGUCUUUCUGAAACCUCGAAACAUUUCCCUAUGCACUGCUUUAUCUUCCUUGAAACAACCUUUAGGGGUGCGAUCGUUAUGCGAAGCUCCCAUAUCCUCUCCAUACAAGGCGAAGGCUUCACGAUCCCACAUCUCCAGAACUAUACCGUGACAGUCGGAGGUCGACACUGUGCCGUGGCCUCUGUUCAGCUCGAGGAAGUCACGUGCAGGCUGGCGUCCCUCCCCGCCGGCUCCCACCCCGUCUCGCUCAGCAUGCAGCCUGUAGGAUACGCCCUCCAACCUACCCUGCCUUUGGUAUAUGAAGCUCCUCUCACCCUCACCUCCAUCACGCCCUCGAAAGGCGGCGUGGGCGGCGGGUACGACCUGGUUCUUCGCGGAGACGGGUUACCCUCCGACGCCGCAGGAUGGGCUAGCAACUCGGUGUCCGUGAGGGACGUCCCUUGCCCAGUCACGGUCGCGUCCUCGGGCUCCGUGACGUGCGUUAUGCCGCCUGGGGAAGCAGGAAAAGCGGACGUAACCGUAGCGAUAGACGGCGUGGCCUCGACCAUGAGGAACGCUUUCAGGUACCUCCCGCUCGCCUCCGCCUCCGUCUCCGGCGUGCAUCCCCCCGCCUCCUCCGUCUUGGGAGGAGGAAUCCUGACCAUCACUGGCGCUAAUUUCGGAUCUGAAAGCGACGGACACGUCAAGGUCGGAGGCGCGGCAUGCGAAGUGGAGAGUUGGAGCGAAAGCAAGAUCACUUGCGUCCUGCCCGCUUUGCCAGCUGGGGAACACGUCGUCGCCGUCGUCAGUGGGCGCAAAGGACUCGCCAGCGGAUCUGCCAGCGUCGCUUACACUCUGAAGGUGAGCGGAUUCUCCCCAACGCGGGGUUCGGUCAAUGGCGGGACGACCGUUGCCCUAAAAGGUCUUGGCUUUGGCGACGACUGCUCUCUGCUGAAGGUCGCGCUUGGGGCGGACAUGACCUGUGAAGUGAUGACCUGUUCCGACGACAUGUUGACCUGUAUGACGAAACGGAAACAUGUCGAUCAUGUCGUCAACAAUACGGGAACACAUUACAAAUACGGUGAAGGAUACGCGUGGGCACCAGGAAGUCUGCACAUAGACGCCGGAGACACCGUAACGUGGUCCUGGGGGAGGGGAAUUAGCAUGAGCAGCAGGAGCAGCAGGAGGCCACUUUCAGCGCCCCUGUACAACGUGUUCCAAACAGCGUCCCCGGCAGGCAACACGUAUGACGGCGCUGGGUUCCACUCGGGUCCUCCCUCCGGCCGAGGAUCCUUCAGUGUGAGCUUUCCUGAGGCGGGAACUUUCUUUUACGCGGGAGACGCCAUGAGGAACGGCGCCAUCUUGUCCGGGGUCGUGGAGGUCAGCGAACCCGAGGAGAAAGCUUACGAGGUCAAGGUCACACUCGGAGAUUUCGAGGCCGAGUACGACGACUUUUCGGAGGAAGAAGUGGACACGAAUCUAGGAGACUGUGGCCGGCCCCUCCCCCCACCGAGUGGCUGCUUGACCCCCGCUCCGCCAACACCGGGGGCCGCUGGCGUUGUCUUUGCCUCGCGAAAGUGCCUCACCCCCGUCGUCACAGCGGUUGCCGUCGCCGAGGGAUCUGGGCUCAGCGGGCAUCACGUGACACCAGGAGCAACUCUAACCAUUAAAGGGUCAAACCUCGGGUCAGCGCCGUGCCAGACCAAGGUGACCCUUGGGUCGGGUUCAUGCGAGGUCACAACGGCCAGUGAAGACGUCAUAACUUGUGUCCUUCAGGAUUUGACUGAUGUAGUGUCCCUCGUUCCUACACCCAUCAGCGUCGUCGUCUCCGGCAGAGGCGCCGCCACGCUCAGCACGAGCGGGCGUGAGAGUCUCCUCACCCUUAUGCCGUCCAUCAGCUCAGUAAGCCCACGGGAAGGGUCGGUGGGCGGAGGAACCCUUAUAACCAUCAAAGGCACGGGUUUAAAGGCUCUCGACGCUGUGGUGAAGGUCAAACUAGGUCAGAGUCCAUGUCAGGUGGUGAACCUGACUUCCACCGUCGUCACUUGCAUUACCAGCUCCGUUGCAUCUCCCGAAACGGUCACUCUCGGCCUCUUCGUCUCCUCCGCAAUGGUGCCAGCCCUCAGCGAAAAGCCAAACACAUUCUCCUUCGCGGAAACCGCAACGCCAUCUGUCCGAAGUGCGGGCGUGUCCAGAGGCAGACUGGUGAUCAACGGCUCUGAUUUCGGCUCCAAGUCGUCCCGAGUCAGUGUCACCCUCACCAGGGUCUCGGCGGCCAGGCGGAGGAGGAGCCUCGAGGCGAUGGCAGCGGAGGAAGAGGGCCUCGGCUCUGACGACGUGUUCGAGCUCUUCGGCGCUGACUUCGAAUCGUCCAGCGAUUUCUGGAGGUCGGUGACAGGGACACACACAGCGUUCUUCGAGGAGAGCAUGGCGCGAGGGGCGUGGAGGGUGGCAGGGAGCGCCAGGGUGAAGGAAGGAGAAAGGACAUCGCGAAUAAAACGUCAGGCGAGGGAAGAAGUCCCUUCUCUGAUGUGUAAGAUUAUUCUUCUGUCUGAUACGUCGAUCGUCUGCGACACGAGCCACGUCGCAGCUGGCGAGUACGAAGUGUCCGUCGGCGUGGAGGGUGUUGGCAAUGCCCUGACUCACGAGGACGCCGCCCUUGUCACAUUCGUGCCCCUCGUAGACAGCUUGACCCCGGAGCAGGGCAGCGUGCACGGAGAGUCCCUCCUGACCAUCACGGGCGCAGGCUUCUCGCCAGGGGACGUGACCGUGGCAGUUGGUGGCGUCGCGUGCCCCUUGGAGAGCCACUCGGUGACGUCGCUGACUUGCCGCACACCUGCGCACUCGGAAGGGCUCACCGAUGUCGUGGUUACGUCGGCAGGCAUAGACGCUCGUGCGGCGUCGAGAUACGCCUACACCGUCGCUAAGACUCCGGUCCUUCGUCGUGUCAGACUGCAGAAGAGGACCUUGCGUGUGGAUGGAGAGGGUCUUUCUCCCUCCGGCGAUGCCCCCGAGGUCUUAGUUGGGGGCGUGGCAUGUCCUGUUACCAGCUACGAUAACAACUACAUCACCUGUCACUAUCCUCAGAUUGGCGGAGGAUCACACCUUGUGCAGGUGCGUGACCCGGUCUACGGAAUCUCCAAUAGUAACCUGAUGAUAACCUUUGACCUCGUCGUCACUGACAUCUCGCCUGGGCAAGGUAGCUUUGGCGGCGCUGAAGUAACAGUUCGUGGAAGAGGAUUCGAUCCUGAAGGCGGAACUGACGUCACUAUUUGUGGACAGAAGUGUGACGUCACCAGCUCUACGUUUACCGCCAUUACAUGCACGACGCCAUCAACUGUUCAGGGAGGAGACGAAGUGGAGUGCGACGUGGUAGUGAGGAACCCUCCCUUCGCCGGCGCGCCCUCCGAGGCCACGCUGCCCAAGGGCUUCGUCAUGAGGGCGGCCCUCACGCCCUUCGUCAGCGCCGUCUCUCCUCGCAGGGGAGGCACUGCUGGAGGCACUCGUGUCACUGUCGUUGGCACGGGGUUUGGCGAUUCUGGCAACACUGUCACCAUCGGCGGUGCUUCGUGCUUAGUGGCGGAGGAGAACGCGACGAGCAUAACGUGUGUAACGGAGGCACUCCCAGGCGGCGGCACCUUCCCCGUCCACGUCUCAGUGUCUGGCAUCGGUCUAGCUAAAGUAGUCGAAGGAAACCACUACAGCUACAUAGACCUCUGGAGUUCUCGCUUCACGUGGGGCGGCGAGGCGGUGCCUUCGGAGGGCCAGCUGGUCGUGGUGGAAAAAGGACACACCGUCUACCUGGAUCAGUCCACGGAGGUGCUCAAGAUGCUCCUCAUAAAAGGGGGCCACUUACUGGUGGACCCGGAGGCGACGUCGGAGGUGGUGCUAAGGGCAGAGUACAUCCUGGUGGUGGACGGAGGGGCGCUCAGCAUCGGCUCGGAGGAGGACCCGUUCGAGGGCCGAGCGACCAUCGAGCUCCACGGCAACGCAAGGUCCAUCCAGCUGCCGGUCUUCGGUGCCAAGGUGCUGGCGGUGCGCAACGGGACCCUCGACCUCCACGGCGCUCCUGUGUCCGUUCCAUGGACGCGGCUGGCGUCGCCCGCUGCCCCCGGGGACCGCGACCUCAGCCUCGAGACGCCGGUCGCCUGGCGCCCCGGGGACUCCCUCGUCCUCGCCUCCACGGAAAGAAGGUUCUCCACCAACGAGAACGAACAGCUGACGAUCGCAAGCGUGUCGGGAGACGGCCUGACCGUGACCGUGACGGAGCCUUUGCGUCACCAUCACGUCGCGUUACGUCAGACGCUGGGCGGACGCGUGGUCGACACCCGCGCGGAGGUCGGCCUUCUCUCGCGCAACGUCAGAAUCCGCGGCGUCAUGAGCGCGGAUUUCGCCGACGAUGUCAUAGAGCCAUGCGGAGGGAAGUGGAGUCCAGGCCAGUUCUCGACGGCGCCGUGCUUCAACGGGAACUUCGGCGCGGAACUCGGCAGCGACAUGUUCGGCGCGACGGUGAUGCUGGCGCCCGAACGCCCCGGCGAGGAGAUCGUGGCGGCGCGGAUCCAACACGUCGAGAUCUCGCAAGCCGGGCAGGCCUACCAGAUCGGCCGCUACCCGCUGCACUUCCAUAUGCUCGGCCGAGUCCACCGCUCGUACGUCCGUGGCUGUUCCGUUCACCACUCGUACAACCGUGCCAUUACCGUACACGCCACCAGUGGUCUUACGGUGGGAUCUAACGUAUUAUUCAACACAUUCGGACACGCUCUCUUCACCGAGGAUGGGAAUGAAGAGGACAAUGUGUUCGAAUACAAUCUCGCUGUCUUCACUCGCUUGUCUUCCUCUCUCCUCACAGCUGAUCUCACUCCCGCUUCCUUUUGGAUCGUGAACCCGAAUAACCUGGUCCGCCACAACGCUGCCGCAGGAGGAACGCACUUCGGCUUCUGGUACCGUUUGGAAAAUGCCCCUUCAGGUCCCUCCGCCGGGUCGAAUCAUUGCCCUAACAAGGCGCCCGUGGCAGGAUUCUAUAACAAUUCCGCUCACUCUAUGGGCAGGUACGGUCUGUGGGUAUUCUCCAAUGAAGGCUAUUUUCCCAAGACUGAUAAGUGCGGACAUGAGGACACGGUGGCUCGCUGGGAGAACUUCACGGCGUGGCGUUGCGAGCGCGGGGCGGAGGUCGGAACAGGCGGAGCGCUGCAGUUCCACAAUUUCGUGGUUUUGGACAACGAGAAAGCCGGUUUGGAGAUGAUACAGGUCAAAGGAGGCUUUGGGAUGGAUGACGGACCUGGCGUCUUCAACUCGCUGGUGGUGGGCCGCUCCGCCCUCUCGCCCGGGGACUGCAGGCGGCCCUCGAGCGGUGUGGUGGCUCCUGAGGAACACGUGCUGACUGUGGCGGGCACGACAUUCGUCAACUUCGCCGACGGGCAGUGCGUUGCUCUUUCCGGGUGUUCUCAAUGCACAAAUACCCGAGCGGGGUCCUCUGUGCGUGUUGAGGGCCUCACAUUCAUCAACAGCCCUAAUAAGAUACGUUUCAAAUGGGAACACGAGACCAUCUGGCAAGACGUUGAUGGGUCCCUGUCUGGCAGUCCUGACAACGUGGUGGUGGCAGACAUGGACAUCCUUCCUCCCCAACGCUGCCGCCGCAAAGAACCAGCUUUCUCCGUGAACCCGAUGGUCCCGGGAGCAGUCUGCCGAAGUCCCAUGAAAUUCCUUCAGAUUCACAUCGACGGACAAACAAUCCAGCCACCUUCUCUGAGGGCGCGGGACCUGAUCGUCAGCAACAGACACGGCCAGACCAGAAUUCCCCUCACAGACACGCGUCUUACUCGGCCUUCCUGGACAGCCACCGUGUACGCCGGAGACACUUAUAUGUGGGAGUUUGAUAACGCUAACCAGAUGACGAAUCUGUCCUACCGCGCUACGUCAUCACUCAUCAGUCCGGAUGAUUACUUUUUCGUAGAACAUCAUUUUCCACAGGAUAUGAACUUCUUUAGAACGACGGAAGAGGAGAGAAAAAUGGACGAAGAUCUGCCUGACGUUACAUCCUCUCGCCACGGAGAUUAUCACUGGGAUUCCAACUCGCAUACGGUCACUUAUAUUGUUAAAGGACCUUUGCCAGGAGAGGUCGGCAGUGAACUUUACAAUCACGACAGAGGAGUCAGCCGGAUAAUCGACUUCAAAGCGCAGAGAUGCCGCUACGAGAAUUGCGUCCCUCCCCCACCGCCCCCAAUGCCCCCCAACCGCCCAGAGAGUCGUCGGCUGUGGUCGGAUAUUGAAACAUGGAGGGAAAUGCCCGUAGGGUUCGGAGGUCAUCCCAUCGCCGACGUGUACACUCUCCCGGAAGAAAACGACGAUAUCAUCAUUCCUAAAGGAAUGUCUCUCAUAGUAGAUAUCACAACACCUCCACUUCGCCGUGUUGUCGUAUACGGAACUUUAGAAUUCAAGGACACAAUGGAUCAUAUAUUCCAGGCAGAGUCCAUUGUUAUUCAGGGCGGUUCUGUAAUAGCGGGUUCCUCGCUCGAGAAUCCUUUCACCCACAAGCUGCACAUCAUCCUUCGAGGCUCAAUGAAUACGUCCUCUGAUCUUCCUAUGGGAGUUGGUAGGAAGUCAAUAGGCGUAUACGGGCGACUGUCCUUACAUGGGCGUCCUCACACAAACACGUGGGCGAAGCUCGGGGCUACAGCCGCCCCCGGAGAUUCCCAACUCACUUUGGCUCAUCCCGUCGACUCCAGCUGGAAAGGAACACAGGUGAUGGUGACCUCGACAAGUGAAGAAGCGAAUCACACGGAGAUCCGCACUGUCACUCACGUCAACGGGGCUUUACUCACCCUUGACUCACCACUCACUCACCAACACCUGGGUGAACGACACCCCGUGACCGACAGGAACUUUGAGUAUGACCUCAAGGGCGAGGUGGGCGUGCUUACCCGCAACAUCGUGAUCGAGGGCGAGGCCGUGGCGAGCGAGAAGCACUUCGGCGGCAGCGUGAGGGUGGCGGAGCUCGUGGCCGAUGGAAUAGUAUAUCGAGGACAAGCACAAUUAUCCGGAGUCGAGUGGAAACACAUGGGCCAGGAGGGUUUCACAGCGGAGCAGGACCCGAGGUUUUCGCUGGUCUUCCUCGGUCUCGGGUCUCGUGGGGCUUCCAGCUACGUGAGGCAGUGCAGUUUUAACACGAAUUAUAACACGGCCGUCGGGAUUUUUGCGUCCAGUGGCGUAGCGGUGGAGGACUGUGUUGUGUACCAGACUGUAGGCUCAAGCAUCAAGGACCAAGGGAGCGGCAACAUCUUCAGGAACAACUUAGUGUCGGUCAUGCUGUUCCCGGGGACGUACGGCGACCGCUGGGAACCCCAGAACCGGGACUGGCACGCUGGCUUCGACCUGGAGGAAGCCUCGGGCACGGUGCUUCAAGGGAAUGUGGUUGCGGGUUCAGAACAAGCAGGAUUUAGAGUCUAUGGAGAGCUGUGUGAACACGAGACGACCUGGGAAGGGAACGAAGCUCACAAUGUUAUUUUCGGGGUUAUGCUGUGGAGACCUGGACGCGAGGGACCGCCAGAGGAAUGCCGACGUGUGAGGGGGUUCUCCGUAUGGCGGGCGCAGGACACAGCCUUCUACAUGCAGCAUUAUGCCAGCCUCGUCUUACAGGAGGUGAUAUCCAUCGACAGCCAAGUGGGCGUGAACCAACUGGUGUACGGCCCGCCCGCCCUCUCGCACCGCCGCUACCCGAAGACAGCCACCGCCCGUGACAGCGUUUUCGUGGGCGCGUCUCCCUCCCACAGCUGCCAGGUCCAAGCUUCACGAUCUGCCGUCUAUGAGUUCUUCGCGGGCGUCCUUUGGUCUUCUGGGGCGAUGGGCGGCAACGCGGGCGUUCUCUUCGCCUCGUUCAUCUCGAAAGCCAACUUGGCCCCAAAGAGAUUCCACGGCGCCGACCAGUACCCCGCUCUCGACGGCGCGACGCACAUCACCAACGUUACCUUCGUCGCCUACGCCUCCAGGAGCUGCGGGAGGGACGUGGCGCUGCUCACCAACCACGGCUCCAACGACGCCAUCCACCCCGUGUUCGUGCGUGGCCUUGCCUUCGUGGACACGCCGCCAGAGAAUUACUUGUAUUUGCAUGAGCCAAACCUGAACCUCGUAAGACCUGCGGACUGCGUGGACAUGGACUGCGAUGGCCUGAAGAAACUCAUAGUGCAGGAUAUGGACGGCACUUUGCUGGGCGCCGCCAACGCUACGGCCACCUCGCCGGCGGAGUUCGAGUGGGACGGCGACCCCGCGAGAGGCGUCGGCGACUACAGGAUCCCCGUCAGUCUCCGGCAGCGUGUCGACGGCACCGAGAUCCCAGCGGAGGAGAAAUUCCCCAAUAAAGGCAUUGUGAGGGACAAUUCAUGCAGCUUCGUGACGUCAUGGAGGGCGUGGCGCUGCACGGGCCUACGUCACCGGAUGCUGCUUCUUGAGAGCCUCGACGCCGACACGCUGGUGCGACGCCUCUCGCCCGUCGCGCUCAUCGCCAAUCCGGGCCCUGACGGAUACGUCGACCUCGUGAACGGACCGAUGGACCACGGAUGGUGCCUGGGCUACACCUGCCAGCGCCGUGUCUCCACCUUCUACUCCGUCGUCGCCCCCGGCCAGGUGUACGAGGUGGCCAUGACGUCAGUUCCGCCGCAGGAACUCCGCCUCCACCUCCUGCACUCGGAUCCCAGCGAAGUCGUCCUCCUGCGUCUCUUUUACCCGGUGACGCAGCGGUUCGACGUCUACGUUGACGGCGCCUUCGUCCCUCCUACCAACGUCGACCCGGAUACGUACCCGGAAUCCUACCAGCUGUUUCCCGAGGACCCCGACGACCCGGAGUCCUUCUUCCCGACGCUGCAGGAUGCCGCAGGAGCGAACUUCCUCGCGCGGGAGUCGAAGUUCCUACACGUGGUCGUCCGCGGCGGCAACCACACCUACGACAUAAGGACUUCGCCGGUGGUCGUCCUGUCGUUGGGGAUCCUGGUGAACGAGGACGACUUCUACGAGGCGGAUGAGGUCGUGCGGAACGUGGCUCUGUUGCUGAAUGUCGCUCCCGAGAACGUGAGGGUGACGGAUAUCGUUCGUGAGGAUUCGAGGAGGGAGGGGAGGGAGGGGAGGGAAGGGAGGGAGGGCUACUCAUUUUCCUUUAAAACAACAUCAUAA